UGACAGUAGUGACAGUAAAAUAACCUUAGUUUUAAUUUUAUAGAUUUCUAUAAUCAGCCUGCUUCUAAAUUGUUUGGAGUAGAGUGGAUUUUAGCAAUAUGUUUCUAACUCUAAGGUUAUUGUCGAACCGACACCCUUCGUUUAUCGCUCGUACAGUUUUCGUUAAAAACAAUAAUGUCGAUGAUGCCUGUCGGCUGGUAAACAGAAUCCUUGGCAAGGAAGGCAUACUCGAGCAGUACAGGCUGACCAGAUAUUAUGAAAAACCGUUUCAGACAAGAAGAAGAGUGAACCACGAGCGUUGUAAGGCCAUAUACAAUGAGGAUAUGGAGAGAAAGAUACAGUUUGUACUCAGGAAGAAUAGACAUGAACCUUUCCCUGGCUGCUCCUAGACAUUUUAAAUGUGUUUGUUUACAGCUUAGAAAGUGUCCACAUGUGUCCAGCGUGAAUGAAUAAGAACAAAAAAAACUUUUAAGUAGGUAGCAAAUAAGAUAGUUAGCAAUUUGUUAUUAUUUAUUGUAAUAAGAUCAUGAAACAUGUCACUGGAAAAUAACAACUGUAACCAUUUGUACUUGUCAUCACUUGUAUGGUCGCUGAACUUCAACACAAGCCUGGAACACAAGUUAGGCUUGGUUGUGAAAUAUGUUUAUAAAUGGAAAUCAAAUAGUUGCAUUGUUGCAUUGUACUUUAGAGAUAAAAUAAAACAUGUUAUCAAAUAGUA